UCACCUCUGCUUCGACGAUUGCGAAACAUUGCACCGCCAAUUGCCUGCCAGCGCUGCAGUCCAACCCCUCCGCCAUGACGACGCUCACCAGCACCAAAACAGCAGUUGCGCCCGCGCCAGCGCAGGUGCAGAUGUUUGUCGCAGACUCGGCCAAGCUAUCCAGUUCCACACACCUUCCCAGUUUGCAUUCGCUCGCCCUCCAGAUCCUUCACAAUCUCCAGUACCAGCACUACUGGACUGACCUGAAGGUGCACACACACUCGCCUCUCACAAAGGAGCCUCUUUCACGGCCGCUUGUCACAGGUCUGCCGCCGCAGCGCCUCUACGUCCACCCUGAUGAGCAGGUCGAGCUGCUGAAAAACGCCGACCGCCAGCGCAAAGCCGCGCAGGCAGCAGGCGAGAAGAGCGGUCUGGAGGUCAAGGCACAGCCGGAGCUCGAAUGGGUACUGCCGACCAGGCUGAACGAACAAUGGACGCUGCGCAGACUGGCUGAGGUCUUUGACGAUAUCAGCAUGGUCCCGCCUCAGACUUCUGCUGCCGCGCAGAAGGCCCCGGCAAACCCUUGGAGGACAACAAAGAGAGUCGUAUUGGCCACAGUGGACACAGACAGCACCGUCGUCUACUACAUUAUGCACGAUGGAGUGGUGAAGCCUCGGCAGAACUGAGCGUGACUCACCUUACAAACUCGACACUGGGGAACACGUAGCCAUCCGCGCAGCCAAUGCCGGACGGCUCUCAGACAGUUGCUUCGUCAUGCGUCAACAAGAUGGAAGCUGCUUUCACGUCUUGUUCUGAGCCUCCUCAAGGUAUAGCAGGAUAGACUGCUUCAGGCUUCGGUUGCUCAUAGAAGCGACUCAUGUCCACAUCUUUUUCAGGCGGC